AUGAUUCGCGGAAAAAGAGAAAGAAAAACGUCGCACCCUACGCGACGCGGCCGCGGUGGGUCGUACUGGACGCCGCACCACGCCCGUAAACCGAACCCCGCCGACCGGGGUCAACAACGAUCCGGUAGGAACAGAAAGUGCCUGCGUCCCCUGCCCGCCAGCCCAAACAGUCCUCCACGGCCCGCCGCCAGCCCCUUCGGGCUGUCAGCGGAGGCCGCCUUAACGCCGCCGCCCGCCCGCCCGUCCCAGCCGCGGUGGCGCCACGCGGUUUCUCUCGACCGCACGCCACCCACGCGUCGCCGCCUACCAACGCCCAAAGCCACCAGACCACCCCACCACCACCAGACCACCCCACCCAAAGCGCAGCUACUCCAGCCUGCGAGGCUGUCACGUCCCUCCCUCCCAACAAGUCCUCCUCCCCCACCACGCCGUUCCUCCCUUCCUCCCUCCCUUCCUUCCCCUCCAAGCGACGACUCCCUCCAUCCCUCCCUCCAUCCUCCGCGCGCGCGCCAGCUCCGUUCCCGCCGGGGACACGCCUCAGCGCCAGGAAACCCGCCGGGGACGCGCGGCCGCGGGCGGGGGAGGACGCCUCCGAUGCACCACAAGCUCUCGCGGGUCGCCCACAGGGUCCUCUGCUGCGGCAGGCAAGCCUCCGGGGACGAUCUGAACGACGAGCGGAAUGGAUCCAUCAGGUGGGUGUUCUCGUUGAGGGAGCUCCGGUCGGCGACAAAUAGCUUCAAUUACGACAACAAGAUCGGAGAAGGCUCGCUCGGGAGCGUCUACUGGGGACAAGUCUGGGAUGGCUCUCAGAUUGCUGUUAAAAAAUUAAAGAAUGCAAGAAAUGGGGCAGAAAUGGAAUUUGCUGCAGAAGUCGAAUCCUUGGGAAGAGUAAGGCACAAAAACCUCCUGAGUUUGCGUGGAUAUUGUGCUGAUGGACCUGAGCGCAUUCUGGUGUAUGACUAUAUGCCAAACUCAAGUCUUUUUGCACAUCUCCAUGGAACACAUUCUUCGGAGUGCCUUCUUGACUGGCGGCGGAGAACAUUUAUUGCCAUUGGUGCUGCUCGGGCUCUAGCGUAUCUUCACCACCACGCGACAUCCCCAAUAAUCCAUGGAAGCAUCAAAUCGACCAAUGUGCUACUGGAUUCGGAUUUCCAGGCACAUGUUGGGGACUUUGGUCUUAUGAAGCUCAUCUCAGAUGAAAUAGAUCAUGACAAGAUUAUCGGUGAAAACCAACGAGGCUACCAUGCUCCUGAGUACGUCAUGUUUGGCAAGCCUACAACAGGUUGUGAUGUCUACAGCUUUGGCAUAAUACUUCUGGAGCUUACUAGUGGGAGAAAGCCAGUAGAAAAAUCAGGCUCCCAAAAAAUGCUCGGGGUCCGCAACUGGAUGCUCCCGUUGGCGAAAGAGGGUAGAUACGAUGAGAUCGCAGACUCAAAGCUCAACGACAAGUAUUCCGAGUCUGAGCUAAAAAGGGUGGUGCUGAUCGGCCUAGCGUGCACGCACAGAGAACCGGAAAAGAGACCAACGAUGCUUGAGGUUGUGUCCCUGCUGAAAGGCGAAUCGAAAGAGAUGCUCCUGAGGCUUGAAAAGGAAGAGCUGUUUAGGCCAGACUCGAAGGCUAGUUCCGUCGGAAUGUCGACUCCGGAAGGGAGCACCGACUACAUUCUUAAGAACGAUGAAGGGCUGGCUGGGGCUUGAUGGGUUGGUGUACCCUGGCCCCUAGGUAUUGGUAGAGUGGAUAUUCUUUGCUGAAUUGGAAGCUUGGUCUGCAUGGUUUGGCUUGACUGAAAUGUAUAGGAUUGGUUUGUUAUUUAUGAUGAUCUCCUCCCUUUUUUUGAGAGCGGGGGAGAUGUAGAGAGGUGAGUUGGCUUUUAUAGAAAGUGCUUUUUGUGUCCACUGGGUGGAAGACCCAUAUACUCCCCAGAUGUUUGGGCAUGCUUGAUCCUGUUGUCAACUGUGUUGGUCACUCUGAACUUCUGCAUACAACUGAAUGCAGAUGUCUGGAUGAUCAUGUUCUCUCCUUCCUGACAAUAAGUCCUCUGCAGGAUUUUCAUCGCUGA